AUGGAGGAAGAUAUCAAUGGAUCGAAUGGCCCUAUAGGUAUCGAAGAAAAGUCUGAUAUACUGAAAGCAUUGCACGCUAAUGGUGGAGAAAAUACCUUGUUACGGUCUUCCAAUGGAGGGAAUCUAAAAGAGGAGGAAACGUCAAAUGAAGGAUAUGACGAGGCUGAUGAGAGUAAAAACAAUGACAAAUCACUUCAUGAUGCCGAAAAUCUGCCUAGUAAGCAUGCUGAAGAGCAAAACACUGGGGAAUUAAAGGAACAGAAACACGGGGAAACAGAAUCCAGUGUCGUUGAGCAAAUACCGCCGUCUUCUCCGCCAAAGUCGAAGAAAAGGUUGACACUUCAGGAAAGAUUGGAAAUGGCGGCCAAGGGCAGGUCAAGGAAGCCUCGAAAUAAGGUAACCAGUGUUGAAGAGAAACCGAAAUCCAAGACUGGAGAAGAAAGUAAACAGAGCGAGCCUGUGAAGAAAGGUUACGAUGAAACAAGUGCGCAGGCAGUGGAAGCUGAGAAGGGCUUUGAAAUGAAGCUGGAGGACGACGGAAAGGCAGAACAAGCAGCUCUUCAUGUCAACGAACAUAUAACGGAUAAUUCCAAUAGUGAUAUAAAACUGUCCCUAGACGCCAAUGAAAAUAAGAAAGACAAGGAAAUUGAAAGUCUUAAGAUGCAGAUCGAGAAAUUAACCUUGAAAAAUCUGGAGCUUAAAGAUCAAGUCCAGGAACAUAAUGUUAUUCCUCCGUCGUCGUCUUUUGGGAAAGAGAAGAAAGACUUAAUAGAUAAGAUUGCCUCUAAGGAUGAGACAAUCAAGCAGCUUAUGGAGGAAGGGCAAGCUCUUUCCAUGAAAGAAUUGAAGCUUAAUGAAACUAUCAAAAAAUUGCGAUCGCUCAAUUCAAAUUUGGAAGAUUCCUUGAAUGAUUUUUCUGAAAAAAACGAAAAGAUUUCUUUGAAGCAGAAUGAGCUAGAGGAAAUCUUGAGACUCAACAAGUUCAAGUCCAUUGAUCAAUUGAUAGAAAAAUUCAACGAGAAUUCAAAUACAAUAAAUCAGCUCACUCAGGAAUUGGAAGGUGAAAGGAAUGCCAACUGGAUGGCCAAGUAUAAAGAGCAACAGAAGAUUCACGAAGCUACAUUAUUGGAGAAACAAAAGUAUCUACAAGAUUUGAAUGAACUCAAGAUUCAAUUUGAUAUGUCAAAGCGGCAAAGCCAAUUGGAUCUCUCUUCAAAAAAUACAAUAAUACAAGAUUUAAAAAGAGAGAUAUCGAAUACCAAAGGACACAGCUCAUCUGAAAUUGCAAGGUUAGAAGCCAAGAUUGAACAACUCAGAUUCGAAAAUGAGAAAUCUCAACAUCUUUACAAAAACGAGCCAGAGAAAGGUGCACCUAAUACGAUUGAUUACGAAGAUUAUUCGAAACUAUCAGAAGUGCAUCACAAUCUUCAAGAACAAUAUUUAUCCUCGCAAGAAAAUUGGAAGUUGAUAGAGUCUAAUUUGUUGAACAAAGUGGAUAAUAUGUCAUCAUCGCUCGAAUCAUUGAAAAAGCAAAAAAUAAGAUUAUCGAAUGAAUUAAAAAAGCAUCAAUCUUUGAUGCAAAAUCAGACCGAUGAGUAUAAUGUCUUGAAAAAUAAGCUUGUGUCCCUUGAAAAAGAAAACGAAGAUACAAAGUUAAAGCUUCAAAUCUUAGGAGACGACUAUCAAGAGCAAGUCGACAAGUUCGAGAGACUCAACCAGAUUUACAACACCGACAGACAAAAGCUUAAUAAUGAAAUCAAGAGGUUGACCGAGGAUAUCGAAAAGAGUAAAGAGCCAUUCGAACAUCUGCUUACAGUUCCAUUAAUUCAAAAUGGCAGAAGGAGCCAAGAAACAGGCUUGCACCUUGGUGUCGAUCCCCCUAGGAGCCCUACACGUACUAACUCGAUAAAUAAUUCUUCAUGGAAUGAGAUAAAGUUUGGAGAGUCCUCCACAACUCCGGCAAUUCAAAAAGAUUUCACUGGAAUUUUCAUGAAUCAGUCGCGGAAUACUUCUCUGACCUCAUUCAAUGGUCCUGAUGAUAGUUAUGAAGACCUAUACUCAUUUCGAUCACGUCAACCCAGUCAAAGUCAUAUUAUCAAUACCAGUGGUAGUGCCACAGGAAUCAGUGGUAUCCCUACCUUAACGAACCACUCUAAUAUCCAAUUAAUCAACAAGAUGAGCUCCAACAUUCGGAGAUUAGAGAUCGAAAUCCAUACAUUACUGGAAGAAAACUGUAAACUUAAUGAAGAAAAGGAGCUUUUACAACAAGAAUUAAUGGAAAAAAUCAAAUUAGAAGAGGAUAUAGAAUCCCUAAAUAAGAAAGUUCAGUCUUUGCUAAAUGAACUUGAUCUGAAAUCGAAAGAAGAACAGACAAUGUUAGAGCUCAUCGGCGAGAAAUCUGAACGAGUAGAAGAGUUAAAAGCCGACGUUCAAGACUUGAAAGAAAUUUGUAAAUUACAGGUUCAACAAAUGAUUGAAUUGCAGGGUAAAUAA